CCUGGUGCCGGGGGGGGGGGGGGGACCUGGACACGAGAGGGCAGAUGCCACAUCGCAGAAGCUCAUGGGUUUCUGGAGGUUCCGAGGAAACGGAAGGGGUUCCGUGGCCAGACAAGCUAUGGCCCCUGGGUUGGGCAGCGUCAAUCAGACCAAGUCCUGGUUUGAACGUGUUGAGUGUUCACGUAGCCGCCUUGUCCACACCUCAGGACGACCCCAGGAAGAGGCACUUUCUCAAUACCCAUUUUACAGAUGAAGGAGGUGAGGCUCAGACAGAUGGAGUAGCUGUCUUGGGGUGGGGGAUGGGGUAAAUGCUGCCUCAGGCCACCCUCAGGCAGGGUCCCUACGGAGAGGUGUCCCUGUGCCCCGGAGCCCUGCUCUGCCACGUGGCUUCUUUUCCUGACAAAGGAGCCCCACCGCCCAGUGAGGAGGGUGGCGGUGGUGUGGUGGUGUGUCGGGAGGCCUGGUUCCUCAGAAGGCAUCCCCCUGCACCUCUUCUUGCCUGCUCAGGGCCCUUGCAGCCUCCAUGAAGGGCUCCCGGGCCGCCAGCGCUCCCUCCGGCCCCCCCGAGGGCAGCCCAGAAGGUGUGAACCUGAGCCUGACGGGCCUCCCUCCGCCUGUGUCCUGGCGCCCCAACAGCGCCUCCGCCGCCAAGCCUAUCGCCCGCUCCUUCUCCGCGGUCUCGGGCAGUGAGCCAAGGAGGAAGGCACUGGAGGCCACAGGGCCCGGAGGUUCCCGAACUAUCAACAACCUUCGCAGAUCUAACAGCACCACGCAGGUCCACCAGCCACCAGCCGGCCAGGCGUGGACUGGCCCCCUCAGGCCAGCCGAGGACCCCCACUUCCUGACACUCUUUGAGGGCAGCCCUGGUGGGAAAAAGAGGCUGACCGGUCUAAGCAAGGCCCCCAGCGAGAGGGGAGCCACGUGGAAUGUCCUGGAUGACCACCCCAGGGCCUUCGACUCACCACCUGACUCCGGGAGUCCUUGCACCCUCAGCGCGCCGGUGGGCCCACGGAGGAGAGAGUGCACCGUCCCCCUGGCCCCCAACUUCACUGCCAACAACAGGAGCAACAAGGCUGCCGUGGGCAACCGCGUCACCACCAUGCUGCACAACCGCUACAGCCCCUCGGAGAAGGCGCCGCCGCCCAAGAGCUCCAACCACACGGCUCCCUCCCUCAACAAUAUCCUCAAGGCGGCCACCGGUGAGGGGGAGAGUGGCGGCUCCGGGAAGCCACACAAGAACUUUUCCAGCAGCAACCACGUGGCCCAGAACAACGCCGGGGCCACCCCGGGUCUGCUCAGACGGAAGGAGGUGACAGAGGAGGAGGCUGAGAGGUUUAUCCACCAGGUGAACCGGGCUGCCGUCACCAUCCAGCGCUGGUACCGCCAGCAGGUGCAGAGGCGCCAGGCCAGAGCCGCCCGUCGGGAGCACCUGCUCGCGUCGAAGCGAGAGGAACAGCGGCAGCAGCUGGGAGACAGGAACCUGCCGGACCUGCAGCAACAGAAGGAGGCGGCCAGGAGGAAGGUCCGGGAGGAGAAGGCGCGCCAGGCCAGGCGAUUGGCCGUUCAGGAGCUCCAGCAGCAGAAGCGAGCCCAGAAGUCAGGCGAUCCUGAGCCUGGGCUGCAGAAGGAAGCGCGAGAGACCGAGAAGCCCCAGCCCGCUCAAGAGUCCGCCCUGAGGCCGGGCAGCACCGCUCGGGCCCACCGGACCCACAAGGCCAAUAACACCAGCGCGGGAGCUGGCUUCCGUUCCGCAGGCGCAGAGGACCCCUGCCAGCCGGCCUCCAACUCCUCCCCAGAGCCCCGGCAGUUUCCAGAGAACAAGCCUCAGGAUGCCGGCUCCCAGGACGUGGCCAGUGAGGAUCUGGAGGUGGUGGGCCCCGCCAAGGGCAAGGCCCAGUCCAGGGCGACCCUGGAUGAGCUGCUGGCUACACUAAGGCUGCUGGAGGAAGAGCCCGAGCCGCUGCCCAACCCCAGGGCCUAUCACAAGGACAAAUACUCCUGGACCGACGAGGUGACCGCGGGCUGCCCAGGAGUGGGGAACGGGUGCCGCCUCUCUGCCAGCGCGCCCCUGGGCGAUGCCCUGCAAGCAUCCGGGCAGGCUGAGAGGCCCUUCCUUCCAGACCAGGAGGACGAUGCCAGCUCCCUGACAGCAGACAACCUGGAGAGGUUUGGGAGGCUCGGCACGUGUGCCAGUCCCCCUGAAGACGGGACUCUGCUCUCGGAGGCCAAGCUGCAGAGUAUCAUGAGCUUUCUGCACGAGAUGGAGAAGUCUGGCCAGGACCGGCCGGCCUCAGCCCCUCAGGGGCUGGUGCCGGACGAGGGGCGCCUGGAGCCCACGUCCACGGUGAGCUCGUCUGUGAUGCGGCUGAAGCUGGAGGUGGAAGAGAAGAAGCAGGCAGUGGGGCUGCUGCAGAAAGCGCUGGUGCAGCAGCGGGACCUCACCGUCAGGCGGGUCAAGGAGACUGAGAAGGAGCUGGGCCGGCAGCUGCGGCAGCAGAGGGACCACUAUGAGGCCACCAUCCAGCGGCAUCUGUCCUUCAUUGACCAGCUGAUUGAAGACAAGAAGGCCCUGGCAGAGAGGUGCGAGGCCGUGGUGGCGGAGCUGAAGCAGGGGGACCAGAGGCGCAGGGACAGGGAGGCCCAGGUGCAGGAACAGCAUGAGCUGGAGAUUAAGAAACUCAAAGAACUAAUGAGUGCCACUGAGAAAGUCCGCAGAGAGAAGUGGAUCAAUGAGAAAACCCGAAAAAUCAAGGAAAUUACAGUCCGAGGCCUGGAGCCCGAGAUCCAGAAGCUGAUCGCCAAGCAUAAGCAGGAGCUGAAGAAGCUCAAGGGCCUGCACGAGGCGGAGCUGCUGCAGGCGGACACGCGCGCGGCGCAGCGCUACGGCCGCCAGGUGGAGGAGCUGCGGGAGCACCUGGAGCGCGAGAAGGAGGCGCUGGGCCAACAGGAGCGGGAGCGCGCCCAGCAGCGCUUCGAGCAGCACGUGGAGCAGGAGCAGCGGGCCCUGCAGCAGCAGCGACGGCGGCUCUACGGCGAGGUGGCCGAGGAAAAGGAGCGGCUGGGCCAGCAGGCAGCCAGGCAGCGGGCAGAGCUGGAGGAGCUGAGGCAGCAGCUGGAGGAGAGCAGCGCUGCCGAAGGCCGGGCCCUCAGGGCCGAGUUUGAGAAGGGGAGAGAGGAACAGGAGCGCAGGCACCAGAUGGAGAUGAAGGCCCUGAAGGACCAGCUGGAGGUGGAGCGACAGAUGUGGGAGGCCAGUUGUGCCAAGAAGGAGGAGGCGUGGCUGCUGACCCGGGAACGGGAGCUGAGGGAAGAAAUCCGGAGAGGCCGGGAUGAGGAGAUCGAGCUGGUCAUCCGCCGGCUGGAGGCAGACAUGACGCGCGCCAGGGAGGAGAGCGAGCGGGCCGCCGAGAGCCGCGUCAGGCGCAUCCGGGACAAGUACGAGACGGAGCUCUCGGAGCUGGAGCAGUCGGAGCGGAAGCUGCAGGAACGGUGUGCGGAGCUGAAGGGGCGCCUUGGGGAGGCCGAGGGGGAGAACUUGCGUCUGCAGGGCCUGGUGCGGCAGAAGGAGAGGGAGCUGGCCGACGCGGCGGCGGUGAACGAGCAGCUGGUCAGCGAGCGGAGCGGACUGGCCGAGGUGCUCCGCCAGGAGUUCGCCGACCGCCUGGCAGCCUCCGAGGAGGAGACCCGGCAGGCCAGGGCCCAGCUGGAGCAGCUGACCCGGGAGAAGCAGGCGGAGCUGGAGGAGGUGCACGGGAGGGUGAAGGUGGCCCUGGCAAAGAAGGAGGAGGCGGUGCGCGGCCUCCGGAAGCAGCACGAGGCUGCCGUGAAGCGGGCCGACCAGCUGGAGGAGCUGUUGGAGCAGCGCAGGCGGCCGUUUCCGAGCGCCAAGUGACCGAGAGCAGCCCGGACGGCGGGGACAGCAGGGCUGAAGGCGCUCGGUGGGGCGUGGCCCCCGUCAGGCCCUGGCCUUCCCUCCCCCUUCCCUCCCUCCGCCCCGGGCUCAGGUUAUCCUGAGGCUAGAGCGCCGGGGCUGCAUUUUAACAGUAAAGAGGUGUUUUUAGUACUGGUGUGAUUCUGCCUG